UUGGAAAAGUUAAGAAAUGAGAGGCUGCGUCCGAAAAAUAAUAAAUUGAAAAGCUGAAAAAAUGUUCAGAUGAGGAAAAAUUUUUUAAUGAGGGAACCGCAUUGCUCACAGCACACUAUCGACGUAGACAUAAUUGAGUCAAUGUUAAAUUGAGUGAUAUUUAGGACAAAAAGACGUGGAUAUAAGCUAAUUGUUGCAUUUUGAUGCAAAGUGAAAAUAAAAAAAUUGUUAGGAGUCCUGUAUAAUUGGAAUUAAUUUAGAGAAAUUAUUUGACUACUGUGUUUUGUAUUAGUUGUACGUAGCAGUGAAAUAAUCAAAACCGAAGCAGUACGAUAUUAAAGUGAAAAGGUAUUGCGAUUAUAUCGCAACUUAUUAAAAAGAUCGAAAGCAAUAGUAUGACUGAUUCUGAGAUGAGUGUCUCUGGGGGCCCAUUGGACUUAAGUGACUCAAAUUCCAGCAGUAGUGUCGGUGUGAGUUCAUCAACUUCUUAUACAUCUGAUUCCGAAGAUCUGCAAUUGGACACGCUUGAACAAGCUAAGAUCAACAAUGAAGUUUUGCGACUGCCGCGUGGGCUAUGCGAGAAUGACAAAAUAUUCGAUGAGUUUUUCUCUGUUGAAACUUGGAAUGAUCUUCCAGAAGCAAUGCGAAUUCGGUUAGAUCAAUAUUUACCUAAUUUUUCAAAUUUGCUUACACAUCAAGAAGUAGAUUUAGAGAAGCAACGUACUUUGCUAAUGUUAUUCAAUGGAGAAUUAAGGCGAUUUGGACGUUCACCACUUAUUGACCUUCAGCAUGGUUUGGAAGAUGGAAACUUCAGGCCUGAUAUUCUGCAUUUGCGCCAAAAUAUUGCAAAAUCGCGUCGUCGAGAACAUCGAUUUCAGAGAUGCGAACAUUUAAGCCGACUUGCUAGAGAACUGUUUCUGUCCAGAGAACGUUUAUUGCGAAUGGCGUAUAAGUCGCCCGCCAAUGUUGUACUUCGAACAGAACGUAACACAAAACGUGAACAAAACACUUUAAAUGCUGAUACAAAACUUUGCACGGUGCGCUGCCGCAAACGUUUAAGGAACGAAAUGAACCAUAUUACAGAACAAAUUGGUGUCAAAAUGGGCGAGUUAAGCGCCGAUGAAGAUGAAAGCUCUUCUGCUCAAAUUGCUGAUGAUUAUCAUUUUAAUAAGCAGUCGGAUAUUACAACAUCAUUAAAAACUCCAGUUCCUUCUACAGAUCGUUUCAUUUUCAGUACUCUUUUCAAAAGGCGCAUUGACCUCACUGAUGAAGAAGCCGUUCGCGCUGAUCAGUUUAUGCAGCAAUCUCGGUUAUCAAAUCGAAAUUUCCGAACAUAUAUACGUGAACACAAGCGUCGUAAACUUACAGAGCCGAAUUUGCCAGAUUUUGAGACAUCCGACAUUCGUCUGCGAGAUGUAUGGGCACGAGCACAAAUGGGUAGUAAUUUUAAGCAACUUUUUGGAAGUGGCAAAAUGAUGGGUAGGAAACCUAAAUCGAAAUAUAUUUCUAAUUCGGAACCCCCGGCUUUAGUACCCAUUCAAGCCAAAGAAAAUAGUUCUGAUAAUACUCGAAAAAUUGUCACCAACAAGCCAGAAAUAAAAUUAAAUACACAGUUUAUUGGGAGCAGCUCUAAACCCGCGAAGGAUAGGCAAGUUGAGCAUUUUCAACAGCAUUUGGAAGAGCAAUCAAAUGGGUCCAUACAACAUCCAUUCCUACCAGAAGAUGGUGCUCCAUUUAACAUAUUAGAUGGAGAAGUGGAACUUCAACAGGAAGAAGUUGAGACUUAUAGAAACUGUGAGGAGACUUUGCCACGUUUUGUGAUUUCUAAUGAGGUGGUUCUACCUGCUAUUGAACAAAGCGAUGUACCACCACAGAAACUUUUGCAAACACCUCAUAAGGAGGAAAUUAUGUCUAUAGAUUCAAAAACUAAAAUUAAUUUGGGUGAAGAUAAGGAACAUGGUUCGUUAAAAGAGCAAAGCAUACCCAAAUUGGAGCCAAUUUUUAACAAGAUAGGCAGGACACCUGUUAGAGAAAAAGUUCGAUCGAAUCCACAGAUUAACUAUAUAUCUAAUAAUGCAUCCAACGGAUCUGCAGCAAUAAUAACACCUGUUAAAAAGCAAGCUUCGACAUCAAAAACUGUCAGUCCAGCAAAUCUAUUCGAUUCAUCCGAGCUGAUACAAGAGACUCACGCUUGCUUCUUUUCGCUUAUAAGGGAUUUGUUUUGUGCGACACCGCAUCACCGCAUGCAAUAUAAUGAAUUGCGUUUACGGAUCGAUAUGUGGUUGCGGAACCCUAUAACUGCUUUAAAUGACUGGUAUUCCCAAGCUGAUAACUGGUCGGGGUUGCUAAUGUCAGCUAUAAACUUUUUGGCAGGAGACUUUUCUGACCAACCAGACGAGUAUGUUCCAUAUAUAGAAUUUAAACCUCAACAAAAUAUAUUUCAAUGGAUAGGGGCAGGUCGUGAUUCCGAUGCUCGUCUUUUAACACUAUGCAAUUUUUGGUUGCAACGUCGAUGUGAAACUUCAGAUCGAAAAACAACGGCCAUUCAUACUGUUUCUGAACCUGUUAAUGAUGAAGCGAACGAGCCAUCUGCAAUAUCCAAUACACGUCAUCACUCCUCAGAGAUAGAGGAACCUACAGUGUCAUAUGAUGGCGGCGUAUCUCCACCUCCUCCACCGCCUCCACGUUGUCCCACUUCAUGGACGGUAUGUGCGGCCACACCAGAAGAAGUUGUCGAAUUUCAACGUCAGGAACGCGAACGCUUCGAUCAACCACAUCGCGCUUAUACUUAUCGUAUGCAUGGUUAUGAAAGUGUUGUUGGCCCAGUGAAAGGAAUAUACACCCAGAUGUACGCGUUGACUAAAGCACGUGGCCACAGUAUGAUGAUUGGUAAUCGCCCGAACUUUGUAACAAUUCUAACAUUAGUCCGCGACGCAACAGCACGCCUACCAAAUGGUGAAGGCACACGGGCUGAUAUAGCUGAAUUACUCAAAAGCUCCCAAUACAUCAAUUUAAAAGAAGGUGAAAAUGUUCUGCAAACCACAGUUAGUGGAGCGUUGGAUCGGAUGCACACGGAACAUGAUCCAUGUGUUCGAUACGAUCCCAAGCGUAAGAUUUGGAUAUAUCUCCACCGCAACAGAAGUGAAGAUGACUUUGAGCGAAUACAUCAGCAAAGUCAGGGUAUUGGAAAAUCUAAGAAAGUUGCACAUCGUAAACCUAAAGCGAAGACUGCAAUUUCCAAAGGCUCUUCUGAGAUUGCCGAAAGUAAUUGUGCUGUCACUACGUUUGAUGAAGAAGCUAAUGUUGAAGGUAUUAAUAUUGUAACCAACACCCCGAAAGUUAAUGCUGCUUUCUCAAUGCCGGCUUUAGUGCCGUCAAAUCCUAUCAUAGUUAGUAGUCAAAGUGCCAUAACACAACAGAAGAUGCAACUUGCUAUGUCCAAGCCCUCCGCUAAUCGUUCGCUACCAGUUCCACCACUUAAGUACAAUAUCCCGCAUCAGCAGCAGAAGUCAUUGCUAAAGUCAACCGUACAAUCGCAGCCACUAAAGCAGCAGGAGCCCCGACAAAUCAAUAACAGCGUUGGUAUUGACAAUCAACAAAGCCAAAGAAUUCAACAACGUGUCGCAAUUCUUGCAAAAAAUACAACCAUAUCAGAAGUGGUCACAGAUGAAAGCAAAACGUUGAAACAAUUUAGCUUGACAAUGUCGCCAAAUAAAAACAACUUAUCAGCUUUCGCUACGAGUGCGGGAGGAAGUUCUACACCUAUCAUCGUAGCCACACCUUCUGGUCUUCAAACUGUACACGUUUCAAAUACCACGGUUGUGGCGCAGCCAGCUGGGACAACUGUUUCAAUGGCAUCACAACAUUCUUCUCCUAUCGGUACCGCUUUCGGUGGUAAACAAGUUGCGUUAAACAAGCCUAUCCUAAUAAAUCAAAUUAGAAGCCAACCAACAGUUGACGCUGCUUCAAAAGCCAAAGCUACAUCGCAACAAAUUCUGAAACAACAAAAUACUGUAUACCCACAGCUUCAGCAGAGGCAAGCUCAAAAUUUUAUAAUCCCGAUAAGCAUGGCAAGUUCUGUCUCAAAUUCUGGAAUCGUUGAAAAUCAAAGUGUUGUACCUAAAGAAAGCAAUGUGCGAACAAUGCCAGUAGCCUCAUCUAUUUCUAGUGAUGGAACGACUACAAUAUAUAUGGACAAUUCGCAAUUGGUUUCUAAUGUGGGAAAUUUAUCUCAAGAACAAGGACAACAAAAGCAAACACAAGCCAAAAACAUUAUACGCUUAGUGCCUAGCAUCGCUAGUACAGGCGUAAAAACGAUUUUGCAAACUUCAACAGGCGGGUCGAUGAUUACUUCUCGGAAACCACCUGUUCAUGUUAUAGGACAACGGGUUGUGUCUGCGGGUAGCGGCACAGGAACAGUGCGUGCACAAGUUCAACAGGCAAAAACAAUUGGCAAUCUAUCGCUUAUGAGCAGUAGUGGUGGUACACAAACUUGUGGCAUUUCAACGGUGGUAUCAGCCCCAAGUGGGUCAACUCUCAUAAAAAUGUCUCCGCACACUUUUGCCACUUUACAACAAAAGCAAGGACAGCAUAUUGUUGUGAAGCAAUCACCCUCCUCUUCUCCGGCUACAUCUCAACAACAGCGUAUAAUUGAAAAGACGACAUUAUUAAAAAAUAAUUCCAUUGUCUCUCAAACGGGUGGUAUAGCGGCACAAACUGUUGGAAAAAAGGUGUUUAUGCAGCAUCCGCCCAGCACUGCUGUCCAAAAAGCGAUUGUAAGUGCAGCGUCAUCUGUGGGCUCACAGACUGCCACUACGCCAAUAACGACGUUAAAUGACAAAGUACACACCAUUAAUGCAACUAAUCUGACUUCUCAGCAGCAGCGCGUGCUCCUACAAAAUAUUAAGCAACAACAAAAACAAAAUAUUCAACUGAAAACAUUACAAGUUGUGUCUGGUAGUCCAACAACGUCGCAGGCACAGUCACAAGUGCAGCAAGUAGUAUCCCGAGCACAGACAUUGACAAUGUUGCCUUCGCUUGCCUCAGGCGCGGCUACAGCUGGGCAACAGCAUAACAGUAAGCCUAUAGCUGUUAUGGUUUCUCAAACUCAAGGCCUUUCAAGAGUAUUGAAGGCAGGUUCUACGAAUACACAAUCCCAGUCGCAACAGCAAAUGAUCACAAUAGCUAACAAUGACUCCCCUACAGCUGAAACUGCAGGUGGUACUCGCAUUUUGACAACAUCCAGUGGGCAAAUUAUUUCAUUGGAAAGCUUACUACAAAAACAAAGUGGCAGUGGUUUAUUAAAAGUGAACCCAAGUAGUAGUGCCGGCACUAUUGUUAAAAACCUUCAAACCACCAACAUACUGUCACAACAACAACAACCACAACUUAUGACAUCAACAGGGAACGCCACCACUUAUACCGUUGUAUCACAGCCAAAGAGCUCAAACACACAUCGGGUGACGACAGCUCAAUCAUCCGAAAGCUUGAAUGUGGUAAGUGGAGGGGCUGGUCGUAUUUUAGUUUCUCCUGGAGGGCAGUUGACGACACCACAAAUUGCGAGAGUUCUAGGCAAAGCGGGUGUAGCAACAAAUUCGUUAGCCUCUUCCAGCGUAGGAGGCAAUAAUAUACGGGUGAUAAAAAAUGCAAGCAGCGUCGGCAGUGCUGGAAAUAGCUUUAAUAUUGCAAACUUCCAAGGAAAACAGGUGGUAUUUGCCACAAAGCCAACAACCACAGUAUCCAAAAAUUUAGGCAACGUUCAAAGCCAUCAAAUUCAUACUGCCGGAAUGGUAAUUGGCGGUCAAGCUUUAAAAUUGCAGCGAGCUCAACAGCAAAACAAGGUAGCCAAUUCUUCAUCUGCAAGCGUGGUGGCUUCACCUUCUGGAACUCAAAUGCAAACGGUAAUAAUGGGAAAUCAAAUUUUGCGUGUUCAGCAAAUGCCAACCACAGUUAAAACGACUGGGUCAAAUGGUUCUUCCAUGCAACAACGCGUAGGAACUGCAUCAGUUGGAAACCUGGUUUCGGGUACCAAUACAUCGGGUAGUUUGAUUGUGAAUAAUAGCAGCGAAGCGGGAACCAGUGCGACGACAAUGAACUUACCGAAGACUGUAGUGCUUGGCACGAGCGGGCAAACAAUACGUUUGCAACCGUCACAGCAAUCGGUGCAAGCAACACACCACCAAGCGACAUCAGCACAAAUGCAGACGCAGCCACAAGCACAGGUGGUCACGGUAAAAAACACACCACCACAGGGUAUGAAGACAUCCAAUGUCGGUCGGGUAGUUUUGGCUGUGCAAGGUGGUGGACAAAUAUUUCUUUCACCAAAUUUUCAGGGCAAUACCUUGAACUUGAAAUCAUUGCAAAAUAUGAAAGUGGUUUCCUUAACAUCACGUGCGGCUGUAAAUACGUCAAAUCAGGCCAAGGAAAAACCGACAGGAAUACAACCAAGUAGUGGUAGCAGCAACUCUUAAAAGAGUACUAAUUUUAGUUAAUUUGUUUUAUAAUGGAAUGUGAAAAAUGAAGAAAGAACCGUUACAAAAAAACAUUUUUAUGUGCAAGACGUUAUUAUACACUUAAGAAAUCAUUAAAUAGUAAUUGACUCAAUAGCUAAAAAAACAUAUAAUGUAAAAGCGAUUGAUUUUGAGUAUGAAUUACUUUUUUGAAAAGUGAAAUACUACUAAUGAAUACAUAAUACUAAAAGGUAGUGCUAAACAAA